CCUGUUGUCUUUUUUGUACUAUCUUCUGACAUUACUUGUCUGCAUGUUUCAGGUUGUGCAACCAAAUCUCUCAAAAAUAUGUUGGUACACAAAUUGAAAAUGGAACUUAUUUUCAUUGUCACCUUGAUGUGCUUCCUCGCUCCUGUCCAACAAGCGCACAUCCCAGGCGCCACCAUCUCGGAUCUGUCCUUCAAAAAUAUGGACUUUGCCAUGAACCUAUACAGAAAGAUAUCCAGCUACCAUGACAAGAACAUAUUUUUCUCACCUUUGAGCAUUUCCACCAGCUUUGCUGCUCUCUUGAUGGCUUCUGAUGGAGUUACACACCAAGAAAUACUGAAGGGACUCAAUCUGGAGCAGCUGGAGCGGGCUGACCAGCCUCAGCUUAUCCCAACACUCUUCAAACUCCUCCAUGAGAACAUCACACAGAAUGGAUCUCUGAAACUCGACCAAGGCAUGGCUCUCUUUACGUGCCAGCAGUUUGUGGUGGAGAAGGCAUUUGAAGACCAAAUCAAGAUGUUUUUUGACGCUGAUAUUAAAAGUGUAGACUUUGCUGACACAACGGAGAGUAUCAACUUCAUCAAUGAGUAUAUUAAGCAAAAGACUCAGAACAAAGUGACAGACAUGAUUUCCUCCCUGGAUGCACUGACCCAGGUCAUGUUGAUUGACACAAUUUUCUUCCAGGGAGGCUGGCAGAAGCCUUUCAAUUCCAAUUACACAACAAAUGCACCAUUCUACAUUGACAACUAUAAUAUUGUGCAAGUGCCGAUGAUGUUUUUAGAGGAUAAGUUCUAUACAAUGGAAGAUGCUACUCUCCGUGCCAGAGUCCUGAAGCUGCCGUACCUGGAAGGUGUUUCCAUGCUUAUUCUUCUCCCAAACAGAGGCAUCGACUACACUGUGAUCGAUGAUGGGAUCACUGCUGAGAGGUUUCUCAGUUGGAUCAAAAAGCUGCAAAAAGACAAACUUGAAAUCAACUUGCCCAAAUUCAAGAUGGAGGAGUCGUAUUCCCUGCACAAUCUCUUACCAGACAUGGGCAUAUCCAGUAUUUUCAGUAAUUCAGCCAAUUUGACAAAGCUGAGUAAUCAAGGCGGACUCAAAGUGUCAGAGGUGCUGCACAAGGCUGUGAUCGAGGUGGACGAGGCAGGCACCACUGCAGCAGCUGCCACAACCUCUGGCAUUAUUCCAUAUUCCUUACCCCGGACCUUCACUAUAAACAGACCAUUUUUCUUCUUCAUAUACCAUGAAGACACAAACUGUCUGCUGUUUAUGGGCAGGGUGAUUGACCCUACCAAAAACUAGCAGUCAUGACUGUUUGAGUCUUGGAAUGCAGGCACAUAUUGUGUUUAUAAAUGGUUUUAAAAGACUGUUUUGAUGCCUUUUUUCAAACUUGAAUUACAAAUGCUUAUUCUGGUCUGGGACCCAACUGAAAUGUGAUACAUAUUAAUAAAAAUAAUAAAAUACAUUA